CUUAAAUUCUUAUUUUUAUUAUUUGUUUUUAAUUAAUGUCUUGCCUGUGUAUGUGUGCGCCUGCGGGCAUCGACAGAUUCCUAGUUAGGAAUGUUUCUAGCAUACCAUCGAUUCUAGGGUUCUUCCCUCUGACUUAAGAUGGGCCAUACUAUUCCGAGAGAGAAAGACGUUGAAUUUGACCUUGAAAGUGGUGGGAGUACUAGCGAAGAGGAUGCAAGCAAUGAGAGAGAAUCGAAGAGUGCUUUUAAUUGGGCGUGGAAUGGGAUUCUAAAUUUUGAUGGGUCAGAUAAGGGUAAAAGUAAAAGUGGGAUUGAGUCAUGUAGUUAUUCAGCAAAAUCUGGUGAUGUUGGGGCUGUGGAUGAAAAUAAUUUAGAAUUGUUGGUGGACAAGGGUUUGGAACAUGUCCCAGAGCAAUUGUCUCAUGUAAAUGGUAAUCAUACAAAACAGAAGACUAAACCCACUAACCCAAGGAAGCCUCCAAAGCCACCCCUGCCUCCUAAAGGUCCUUCACUAGAUGCUGGUGAUCAGAAGUUUGUGAAGGAACUUGCUGAGCUUGCCUUGAGGAAGCGUGCAAGGAUUAAGAAAAUGAAAGCAGUAAGAAAGAUGAAAGCAAACAAGUCGUCUUCGUCAUCAUCAUCAUCAUCAACAUUUACCAGUCUUUCUGCCAUGGUCAUCACUAUUUUCUUCUUCUUUGUCAUAAUAUUCCACGGAAUCAGAUCUGCAAGUAGUGCUGCUGUUGGGUCAAUGGCUUCGCCUGAGGCAGCAGUUGCAGCAGACGAAGGUUUGAUUUCAGUUCAGUAUCCCAUAAACUUUGACACUAGUGAAGGAAAUGCAUCUGGGUCUCACUAUGCAACUCAGCAGGAAAGAUGAUGUGGAAAUUUUGAAGAUUCUUUCCCUCUCAACUUGAGUGUUUUUUUAGGCUAUUCUUAGCUAGUUUUAAUUAUGUAUGUGUUCUUGUACAGCCAUUAGGAACCUUAGCUUUUUGUUAAGUUUGCUUGUAUGGUGGCUUGAUUGGUAAUGUUAAUAUUUUUUUUUGUCGUC